AGUGGCUCAAGCGAUCGGCUGAUCGAUCGGCGUUCUUUGCCAAAUCGGACGACGCCCUGAUGCCUGGAUGGGUAGUACGGGCGACCUUCCUUUGCUGGAGCUUGCUUGAGCGAGCUGCAGGUUUUCGAAGCAAUGCGGAGAAGGACUGUGUGAUGAAGGAGGCGUUGAGAAUCUCCUGGCGCGAUCAGGCCACCAAGGACACAGGUGGCGAGUUUGACUUCCUUCAUUCCGCUGCGUGGAAUGGAGUGAAGUUGGCGACGAAGGAGUAUGGUGAAGGCUGUCGCGUGGACUAUUCCGUGGUGUGUAGCGGCACGAGCGCUAGCUUGAAGCUCCAAGACUCCUGCGGAGCCCGCACAGACACCAGGUCCUUAUGGAGCUCCCGGAGUAGCGAGCUACACACCGGGGGAAGCAGCUUUGGGUCCUCGCUGGCGCAUCCGUUUCGGAAAGCCAACGACCGCGUGUUGGAGGUCUUUUUGCCCAAGGGCACCAAGAAACACAGCGAGAACAGCGUCAGGAUGACGGAGGAUGGAUCUUCCGUGACCUUCAGGUUUGUGAAGCCGCCAACCUUGAAGGAGCAGCUGGCCGAGGUGGGGAAGAUGAUUUUCUUUACGAACGUCCCGAAGCUGGCGAUGUGCUUGCCGCAGCACGAAGACUACAUCUUCCACUCAAACCUGACCGGGUGCAGUUCACCGUCCGACUUUGGGAGUUCACCACGACAUGCCAGUGACGACUCGUUGGUUGCAUGGGACGGCGGCCUCGUGGUGGAUUUCGUUCCCUAUGGAUGCUACAGCGCCCAACAAUGCGCUGCCUGCCACAACUUCCUGGAAGGUAAGUUGAAGGGCUUGGAACCUUGUGCAGUGGCUGAGACGUCUCAAAGUCGUGCUCGUUGUGAGCUCUUGAUGAAUGAGAUGCAAGAGGAGAAAGCGGAUGGUGAGCGGAUUGUGGAUACGAUCAGUAAGAGUUGGCGCAGCCGAAGCGAUGAUUUGACGAUGCCCUUGGCUUGGCAACUGGGGUGCCAGGACUUGGGCUGCUGUCCCUUAGAUCCCGAGGCGGCCAAGGUCAUGAGCGACGAGGCAAAGCGAUCAUUGGCCUUGGAGAAGUUCCAGGAUGAACGGAAGUCGGAGCGUGUGGGAGAGCUCACCGGUGUGGCAGACGCCAUUCUCAAUGAUCCGGAUGCUCGCUUCAAGUUGGAAAGCGUCUUGAAGAUGAAGGUGCGCCACAAGAAGGACGAGGUCCAGGUCUUGAACGAGGACUUGCUCAACGACAUCUCCCAAAUCAAGGUGCCUAAAUCCAACAAAGAUUGCAGGUGGAACUUCAAAAAGGCCCGCUGCGAACCAAAGCCCGGCUGUGACUACAAGUAUCGCUUUGGAGAUCGGUCACUGCAUAAGAGCUGUCGCUUAUCCGCGCAGAAACAGCCCACCAGUGAUGCUGAAUGCCUUUGGAACUAUAAGAAGGCCCGGUGUCAUCAGCCCCUCUACUGCGCGCGGCGCUGCAAGCCGGGCAAAGACUGGACAUUGGACCAGUGCUGCAAGCUUCGGACGAAAGAGGUGACCGCGGCGAAGGUGAAAGAACCGAAGGGAGAUUUUACUCUUACAGACGAGGAGAUGGAGGAGAUUGAUUCAGCUGUUGAUGAAGUGCUGGCAGAUCUUGUGGCAGAGGAAGGUGCUACGGAGGGCUCCGAGUCGAUCGGGUUGGAAAGCGACGAGAGCGACGAGAGCUCGGUGGGAUUGGAGAGCGACGAGAGCGACGAGAGCUCGGCCCCCCCUGCCGGGGAGGGUGCGAGUGCUGGGGAGGGCGAAGUGGAGGGCAACUGCCAGAGCCCAAGCGACCGAACGCUCAUGAAGCGUCCCAACCUUUCGCAAGACUUGGAGGAUGCAUCCAGAGCAAGCUUGGGAGCGGCCUUUGGCUUUCCGCCAGUCUAUUUGAAGAGAGACAAAGUCUUGAAGAAAUUCGUCGAGCUGGGCAUGUCUGAGAUGUGCACCUGGGCGGCCCUGUGGUGACUCACCGGCGACACAACCUGAGCCAUGCUGAAAACCUCCCCCCGCGUAAGCUAAAACUGUGGUCGCGUAAGCUCUGCGUAAGCUUUGGCGUAAGCCAGACAUUUCCAGGUUAUGUCAUAUCGAUGCUGCGUAAGCAAAGCCUGCAAUGGCGUAAGGUGGCGUAAGCAGCGGCGUAAGCAACACCCCGGCGUAAGCUGAAACUGCGGUCGCGUAAGCGCGGCGUAAGUUUUCGCGUA